AUGGUGAUGAUGGUGGUGAUGAUCACGGUUGUUGUCGUGACCAUGGAAGUUUUUGAGUGGGAAGAUGGAAAUGACUCCACGUUGGUCUUUGCUUUGAUGUUUAAUGUGAGAAGGAGGUGCUUGCGAAGAGGAGAGCAGCAGCCGUGGCAGCGAUUAAAAGCAGAGCAAGGAAAAUCAAGGAAGCAGCUCUCUCCUCCUGAGGAUGCUGCCUUGAUCAUUCAGAUGAGCUUCCGAGCGCAUCUUGUUCGUCCCACGCAGAUGCUUCGAGGACAUAGGGACCUUGCAAUAGCCGAUGCAAAAUUGAAGGAACUUAGAUCCUUGUUCGACUAUUUCUUUUACGCCGAAGAACGACAGAGGUUCUCGGAAAAGAUCAUCCUCCCGCUGACUGUUGAAGACAUUUCACUGAUUGAACCUCCAUCUUUAAUCUUGCUUUGUCAAGGUCCUGAUUUGAUGAUCAGAGAGGCAGAUAGGAGCAUGAUCAAAGAGCUGGAAGCCAUGCUCGAGACCGUGGAUCCACAACCUGCUGGUAAGUUGGCGUGGUUCAAGAGAAGGAAGUUUGAUCUGCCUGAGACAUGCAGCAAUGGUGAACUGGUGGAGAUGGCAAAGGGUGCGGCUGAGGUAGUGCAGAUGCUUGACCAAGACAGUCACAAGGUGGACAUCCAUGGGUAG